AUGACAUUGCCUAAAUCACCUACUAUCAAGAUACCCUUAAACAACAGAGAUCCCAAUGAGAAUACAACUACGUUUAGACGCUUGUUGGAGUCCAAUAGAACACUGAGAUGCAGAUCCAAUGUCAAGAAACGGCCACCACUACACAGUAAGCAGAAGCAAAAGAGCCAGAAAGAGCCAUGCCAGUCCUCUUUACCAUCCACAGAAUUGGAGCAAGCACCCUCACCCAACAUUGUGGAGCCCUCCUCUCUAUCUCCCAUCAUGGAUCUACCUGGUCAUUUCAAGCAUUUAGAACAGCAAAAGAAGAAGCAAAGAGAGACAACAGUAUCAUCCACAUGUCAUUCAUCAACAGCAAAGAAAAGCUCAAACGAGCCAAAACUACAGCUCGCAUUGCACCGAGAUUUCAACAAUUACAGAGGUCGCGAAAUCUUCAUAGACACAGAUACACCCAUCUUUACAUUGCCAACGGAAAGCAUGUGGACCAUCUUUGAGCGCUGUGCAACCUUUGAGGAUUACCACCAGAUUGCUUGCGUUUGUAAAAAGUGGCGCUCUCUGAUCAAUGCAGCGUCUCUGUGGAAAGACAUGGCUAUUCAAUGGAGGCAUUUACUAGCUGUGAUCCAUACGCAAUCUACAAUGCCCUACUAUGACUACAUCACCACACUGUCAGUGACAGGGGAAGCGAGCAGGCCCAUGGUUAAUCCAAUUGCUGUACGAACCACCAACAUGGCGUUCAAACAUCUACGGCACAUGCGCAUUGCCAACAUGAACUACACAGACGUUAAAUUUAUCAUGGAGUGGAUGAGGCAUCUGGAGAGUGUGCAUUGUGAGCGCAUAUCUUGCUCAAGUGGCCAGAACGUGAGCUUGAGGAUAUUCUCUGAUAUGCCGUGCCUCAGGAGCCUCAAGCUAGACUUUGCCCAAGAGUACAACCUAUCACCCAUCCCUUAUGAUUUUGAUACCAAUGGCAACAUGUUGUCCAAGAAACCCACCCUGCCAAACACACUAGAGACAUUCAGCUUGCGAGGCAUUUACGACAGGGAAGAGCAUACAGCCGGUGUAAAUGGUGUGGACAGGCAAGAUCGCCUUGUCAGCAGCUGGCACAUGCUCGAAUCGCAACUGGUGCGCAAGUACAGCAUGCUGGCAUUGCUCACUCGACUCACAUCGCUGACAUUGGGAAGGAUCAGCGCUUUCACAUCCCGAGUGUGGUUGGAAUGCCUCAAGCCCUGUGCGUCUCAAUUAGAGUAUUUGACAUUGAUGAAUUGGCCCGGUGCUGACAAAAGAGAAUCACCGCAUACAAGAACAAGAAUACCCGCCGAUGCAUCCGAACGAAUCACAGAUGGCAGUAUAGAAGCAGCCAUCACCGAAUGUUUCUCCAAUCUCAAACAGGUCAAAGAGAUCUACCUGGAUGACUUUGUUUGUGACAUUGGGUUCAUUGAUGGGAUAUCACAGUUGAACACGCUGUACCAGAUACACAUUGAAGGCCUGGAGGAUCAGCAGCAGCAGCAGCAGCAGCAAUACACAGUCAGUGAUUUCAAGGCCAUCAAAGUGUUUGGAUUCAAGAUAAGCAUGCUUCAUACUAUACGCGGGGAUCCGGCAGCCCACGGAUACCGUACCGUGAUACAACCAAGAGUGACUCGUUGGGAUGGCCAGUUUGGUGGUUAG